AUGGACGACAUUCCUAACGAAUUGCUCAUCCACAUUGUUGACCAACUAAGAGGCCCAAAGACCUGGUCAGAACCAGCAGACUACAGCCGAAUGCACGCCCUUGCGGCUCUUUGCUCCGUCUCAAAGAAGCUGCACCAGAUUGCUAGACCAUUACUCUACGAAUCGAUAGACCUACUCCCAAAUGACGGUGUUCUGACCCAGUCUCAAAGACUUUUUGCUCGUCUCCAAGAGCAGCCAAGCCUUCCCUUCGAGAUCAAAGCCCUUCGACAGAAGAUGCGUGCUAGGCCGAGAGAGGACGGCGAGAACCGUAUGCGCGUCCGCGAUGAGUACACGAAUGACACUAUAAGAGACUUGAGAGCCUUUGGGCUAGGCACGGAAGACGCCUCAGCACUCGUGGGCCGUUGGCUAGGGUACGAAGACUUAUACUUCGCUCUCGUGGCAUUUCGGACACCGAACUUAGAGCGUCUAUGGGUACGGUUGGACGGUUUCUACCAAGGGAUCUAUGAAGAGUGUAAUAAUACCCUUCUCGAGGGCAUAGGUCGUAUGGCUAUGGACAUCUUGCAUUUCGAAUUCUCCAAUUCACCGGACAUGCCCGCGCGGUAUGCGUUCCCGUUGUUACUCCUUCCCAACUUGGAUGAGCUUACUCUUGUCGCGUUGGGCGGCUAUGUCAACAUUCCUGAGAAUGAACAUUACGCCGUUCUCGAAUACGACGCCGACGACGGCUUGACCAUUUUCGACAGCCCUUGGUCGUGGCCAGUACACUCAUCGCCUAUCACCAAGCUCUCGCUAUUCAAACCAGUUAUCUCUGAGAACGCGGUCAAAAAUAUGAUAAUUGCGUGCAAAGGUCUGGAGCGAUUUGAAUGCUUUCACCCACUGCGUUCCAGCACGGACGAUCAGUGGUUUGGGGGUCUCGUUUCUGCGCUGAACAAUCACAUCGAGAGUCUUCAAAAUUUAUCGUUAGUGUGUAGGGAACAUCGGCUCUCGUUAGAGAACACUGGCAUGGCUCAGCUCGAUAGUCUCCACGGAUUCACCAACUUGGACUCGGUCAGGGUCUCUUUGUCUCUGGUUUCAGAUCCGGGGGAAACUCUGAGUGCUCGAAAUCUGCCUGCUUUCUUCCCGCCAAGCAUCACAUCACUGCACAUCCACUAUCCCCGUGAGCCAAACGACGAAGCCGGCCAACAACUUCUCGAUGUUCUCACCGCGCACAAGGACGGUACAUUACCGUCGCUGAAAGAUGUACACAUCGCCUGGGUAUACUACCAACGCGGAAAGGAUGAAUUUGAUCUGCUAGAACGACUUCAGUCGCUGGUACAGAUCAAAGAGCAAUACGAGACAUCAUCAAUCACGUUUGACAUUACGUUGACAAUCAGAGACGACAGAGGGACCAGAAAUAAAUGGCCCAAGCUGGCCAGUCUAGGACUUGUCAUGAACGGGACGUACCUGAGCACUGAUCCCUGGGAUGAAUUUGACCAGCCCUACCAUGAAUCUAACGAGACAAGUGUCUUUGUUGAUUUUACGACUUCUCCUGCUCGCUACACGGUGCAAGAACUACAGGAUGAUCGAGAUCACUUAUCUUUCUGGUGA